AUGGUCCGAAAGCCGUUUGAUCAUCAGCCGAAGCAGAAGUUCAAGAAGGGUUUGUGGUCACCCGACGAAGACCAAAGGCUGAGAAAAUAUGUGCUCAAAUAUGGCCAUGGCUGCUGGAGUUCGGUUCCGGCCAAUGCUGGUUUACAGAGGAAUGGAAAGAGCUGUAGAUUAAGGUGGAUUAAUUAUCUACGGCCUGGAUUAAAGCGUGGGGCUUUUAGUUUAGAAGAGGAGGAGACAAUCCUGGCCCUUCAUCAAAUUUUAGGCAACAAGUGGUCUCAGAUAGCACAGCAUUUACCUGGAAGAACAGAUAACGAGAUUAAAAACCACUGGCACUCUUACCUCAAGAAAAGGGGUCACCACACCACAGUUAAAAAUGAAGUCCAGGUUAAAGUUGAAAAAGAGCCCAUCAUCAAUAAUGGAGAACUAAUCCAAGUUCUAGAACAUUCUUCACCUCCGUCGCUCGAGUUUGUUCCUCACAAUUCCGGCUUAGAAUCUUUCCAGAAACCGGAAUCGUUAAUAAACGACACAAACGAGCAGAAAACAAGCUGGUCGAGUGGACCAAAAUGCAAUUUACCCAAAGUUCUCUUCGCCGAGUGGCUUUCAGUCGACCAUUUUCCUGUCCAAGACACGGGAAGCUUAAGUUCGGACAGCUCGGCAGAUUUUAAACACGUGCUCGAGAACAAUAACUCAAGUUCGGAAGAUUCUUGGAAUCUUCUCAACGAGCAACCGAACGGUGUCAUGGUUGAUGAUUACGGGUUUCAAUUCUCGUCGUUCGGUUAUUUCUCGGAAAAUGCUCCAGUCGAUUAUUUUUCGGGACAGUUCAACAUAAACUGUGAUGGCAUAUAUAUGUGA